AUGCCGCCAGCAAAAGCACGAAAUGGCCACGGCCAUGACGACAAGAACGAGAGCUCAAGUCACGGCAACGGCAAGGACAAAGACGCGUCCACCGGGACUCAGAGCAAUCACCAAGUGAACGGUUCCGGAGGUGCCAAAAUGCGUCGGGUUGCCAGCGCCGCCGGCUCCAAUUUGCGCGAGUCCGUCACGGCCGACGCGGCAGCAACUUCCGCAGCACAAUCUCUGACUAAGACAUCAAACUCUGCGUCCAACGCCCCGGCGCAAGAUGCGAGCGCCGCAGGCGGCGUGCUUCAGUGGUCUUCGGUUGACAGACCGUUUCUCCAAAAAUAUCGCCGGGUUCAUCGGCUGUCGACCCCUACCUCGUUCCUCACCGACUACCACCAAUGGGUGAUUGGAAGGCCAGGCAGCAUUGGACUGCAGUCACCGACGAUGCGGCGGACCAAGACUUUCCGACGCCAAAGCCGAGACGACCUGGCCGGCGUGUUGAAGAAGCAUUACAACAGCCAAACAAUACAAGAGAACGACGUGCUCGUCGAUUUCGUCCACAAAGUUGCAACGACGGCGUCUCUACCGGUCGGCGGCAUACCGAAGCCAACGAGAACCCGCAAGAAGAGCUGA